AUGAGAGUACUGAGAUUGAGAUAUGCAUUUGAGGUUGUUUACAAGUCUGAGAUAUGCAGAAUGUUUCAGAAUCUGGCUGGUGAAACUGGUUCAUUCCAAAUCUGGCUGAAAUAUGAGUAUGGAUUAUCAGUGAAUGAAAAUGGUGGGAAUCAACCAACACCAACAUCUGACAUUGUUCAUAGACAUCCAUUGCAUCAAACGACCAUGCUGGUAGUGAUACAGGCUGAACAAUCUGAAAUCAAAGAAAAACUUAAUCAAUUGAAGCUAGAGGUUGAGAAGAAGGCUGAAUCAUUGCUUUCCAGUUUGAAGGAAGAAGAGGACAUGGUAAUAGAACAAGCAUCAGCCGGAAGGAAGGAGAUGGAACGCAUAGAGGAUAUGAUUAGAGACCAUGAAAAGAAUCAAAGAAACAUAAACGCCCACAUCAAUGAUUUGAAGAAACAUCAAACAAACAAGGUUACUGCGUUUGGAGGGGAUAGAGUCAUUAGUCUUUUGCGAGCAAUUGAGAGACAUCAUCGCAGAUUUAAAAUACCACCUAUUGGUCCGAUUGGUGCUCAUGUGACAUUGGUCAAUGGUAAUAAAUGGGCUUCUGCAGUUGAACAAGCUCUUGGCAACCUCCUGAAUGCCUUUAUUGUGACCGAUCAUGAAGAUUUAAAUACUCUGCGAGGCUGUGGAAAGGAAGCCAAUUAUAACAAUCUGAAGAUUAUCAUCUAUGACUUUUCAAGACCAAGGUUAAUAAUACCCAGGCACAUGAUGCCUCAAACAGAACACCCAACUAUUCUCUCUGUCUUGCACUCUGAGAAUCCUACUGUUCUUAACGUUUUGGUGGAUGUGAGUGGUGUGGAGAGGCAAGUGCUUGCAGAGAAUUAUGAAGUUGGCAAGACAGUUGCCUUUGAGAGAAGGCUCGCGCAUCUAAAGGAUGUUUUCACAACAGAUGGAUACCGAAUGUUUUCCCGUGGGCCUGUUCAGACAACUCUUCCUCCCCGUCCUCGAAGACCUACUCGAUUGUGUGCUUCUUUUGACGACCAAAUCAAGGAUCUUGCAAUAGAGGCCUCAAAAGAACAAAGUGAGAUACAGGAAUGCAGGGGACGAAAGAGGGAGGCAGAAAUGAAUCUUGAAAGUCUUGAAUUGAGAGUGCGCAAGCUGAAGAAGCAGCAUACCCAACUAGAGAAAGAUUUGACAAGGAAGGAACUUGAAAUGCAGGAUCUGAAAAAUUCAGUCGCUGCUGAAACCAAAGCAUCACCUACAUCAAGUGCUAAUGAGCUUCAUCUAGAAAUCAUGAAAUCCCGAGAAGAGAUAGAGGAGGAAGAAUCCUUGCUGGAAAAGCUCCAAGACUGCUCGAAAGAAGCUGAACUGAAGGCUAACGAACUUAAAGCUGCAUUUGAAAAUUUAUAUGAGUCAGCCAAGGGUGAAAUUGACGCCUUUGAGGAAGCAGAGAAUGAGCUAAAGGAGAUUGAACAAGAACUCCAAGCCGCAGAAACGGAAAAGAACCAUUAUGAGAAUGUAAUGAAGGACAAGGAAAGUAAUGAAAAGGCCUCCAUUAUUUGUCCUGAGAGUGAGAUAAUUGCUUUGGGUCCCUGGGAUGGGGCCACUCCUUUCCAGCUUAGCGCUCAGAUUAACAAAGUAAAUCACAGACUGAAGCGAGAGAGUGAGAAGUAUUCUGAAUCAAUUGAUGACCUCAGGAUUAUGCACGAGGAAAAAGAAGAGAAGAUUGGGAAGAAACGCAAAACUUACAAAAGCUUUCGAGAAAAACUCAAGGUCUGCAAAGAUGCGGUAGAUUCACGGCGGAACAAGCUCCAAAAAAAUAAAAGUCGUUUGAAAAGUGAACUAACUUGGCGAUUCAACUCUCAUUUAAGUAAGAAAGGUAUCAGCGGACGAAUCGUAGUCUCUUAUGAAGACAAAACUUUGUCCAUAGAGGUUAAAAUGCCUCAAGAUGCAACAAGCAGUGCUGUUCGAGAUACUAGAGGGCUUUCAGGUGGAGAAAGAUCUUUCUCUACUUUAUGCUUCGCAUUAACUCUUCACAAUAUGAUUGAGUCCCCAAUUCGAGCAAUGGACGAGUUUGAUGUGUUUAUGGAUGCAGCGAGCAGGAAAAUCAGCUUAGACACAUUGGUUGAUUUCGCAAUAAAACAAGCUUCACAGUGGAUAUUCAUCACUCCUCAUGAUAUCAGCAUGGUGAAGUCACAUGAGAAGAUAAAGAAGCAACAAAUGGCUCCUCCUCGUUCUUGA